CCCGUCGGCGGGCGGCCGCCUCAGGCCGGCUCCGUCGGCGGGCGGCGUUGGCCUGAGGGGAGGACGGGAGCGGAGGAGGGAAGAUGGCGUCCGAGCUGGAGCCCGAGGUGCAGCCCGUCGACCGGACUCUGCUGGAAGGUUCCGCCGAGGACGCAGCGGCGAAAUGGCUACAAGCAACUGACCUCCCUAGAGAAGUAUUCCGGCAUUUAGCCCACUACGUACCCAAAAUCUACUGCAGUGGUCCCAACCCCGCACCGCAGAGAGAAGAUAUGCUAGCGCAGCAUGUUUUACUGGGGCCAAUGGAAUGGUAUAUAUGUGGUGAAGAUCCUGCAGUUGGAUUUCCAAAACUAGAACAAGCUAACAAACCUUCUCACCUCUGCGGUCGCGUUUUUAAAGUGGGGGAACCUACGUACUCUUGCAGAGACUGUGCAGUAGAUCCAACUUGUGUUUUAUGCAUGGAGUGCUUUUUAGGAAGUAUUCACAGAGAACAUCGGUAUAGGAUGACAACAUCAGGAGGUGGUGGCUUCUGUGACUGUGGAGAUACUGAAGCUUGGAAAGAGGGUCCGUAUUGUCAAAAGCAUGAUCUUAACACCUCUGAAACAGAGGAGGAGGAGGAGGAUCCUCUUUUGCAUUUAACAGAAGACAUGAUAGCAAGAACUUACAACAUUUUCGCAAUAAUGUUUCGAUACGCAGUAGACAUAUUAACUUGGGAAAAAGAAAAUGAAUUGCCACCAGAUUUGGAGAUACCGGAAAAGAGUGAUACUUACUAUUGCAUGCUGUUUAAUGAUGAGGUUCACACUUAUGAACAAGUGAUUUACACUCUUCAAAAAGCUGUCAGCUGCACACAGAAAGAAGCUAUUGGCUUUGCAACAACAGUAGACAGAGAUGGUCGUAGGUCAGUUCGGUAUGGGGAUUUCCAGUAUUGUGAACAAGCAAAAUCAGUAAUUGUGAGAAAUACAAGUCGGCAGACUAAGCCACUGAAAGUUCAAGUUAUGCAUUCAUCUAUUGUUGCACAUCAGAGUUUUGGUUUGAAGCUCCUAACGUGGCUUGGCAGCAUUAUAGGAUAUUCAGAUGGCCUCCGGCGGAUAUUGUGUCAGGUUGGUUUACAGGAGGGCCCAGAUGGUGAAAAUUCCUCUCUUGUGGAUAAACUGAUGCUCUGUGAUUCCAAACUGUGGAAAGGGGCAAGGAGCGUCUAUCAUCAGUUGUUUAUGAGCAGUCUUCUUAUGGAUUUGAAAUACAAAAAACUCUUUGCCAUUCGGUUUGCAAAAAAUUACCAGCAGUUGCAGAGAGAUUUUAUGGAGGAUGAUCACGAGCGGGCAGUGUCGGUGACUGCCCUAUCUGUCCAGUUCUUCACUGCACCUACUCUGGCUCGGAUGUUAAUAACGGAGGAGAAUCUUAUGACUACUAUCAUCAAGACUUUUAUGGACCAUUUACGACUUCGAGAUAUCCAAGGCAGAUUUCAGUUCGAACGCUACACAACUCUGCAAGCCUUCAAGUUCAGGAGGGUUCAGAGCCUUAUUUUUGAUCUCAAGUAUGUGUUGAUUAGCAAACCAACUGACUGGUCAGACCCUCUGAGGCAGAAGUUUCUAGAAGGUUUUGAUGCCUUCUUGGAGUUACUAAAGUGCAUGCAGGGAAUGGACCCAAUAACUCGUCAAGUAGGGCAACAUAUCGAGAUGGAGCCGGAGUGGGAAGCAGCUUUUACACUGCAAAUGAAGUUGACUCAUGUCAUUUCAAUGAUGCAGGACUGGUGUGCUUUAGAUGAAAAAGUACUUAUUGAAGCAUAUAAAAAGUGCCUCACUGUGUUGAUGCAGUGUCACAGUGGUUUUACUGAUGGAGAACAGCCAAUCACUCUCAGUUUAUGUGGACAUUCAGUUGAAACUAUCAGAUACUGUGUUUCUCAAGAAAAAGUUAGCAUACACCUACCAGUUUCUCGCUUACUUGCAGGUUUGCAUGUAUUGCUCAGCAGAAGCGAAGUGGCUUACAAGCUUCCAGAGCAGCUGCCUUUGAGUGAACUCAGUCCACCCAUGUUGAUAGAACACCCCCUGCGAUGUCUUGUUUUAUGUGCCCAAGUUCAUGCCGGAAUGUGGAGAAGAAAUGGGUUCUCCCUGGUCAAUCAGAUAUAUUACUACCAUAAUGUGAAAUGCAGACGAGAGAUGUUUGACAAGGACAUAGUAAUGCUUCAGACAGGCGUGUCCAUGAUGGAUCCAAACCAUUUCCUAAUGAUUAUGCUCAGUCGCUUUGAGCUUUAUCAGAUCUUUAGUACACCUGACUUUGGAAAAAGAUUUGGUUCCGAAAACAGCAAUAAGGAUACGGUCCAGCAAAAUAAUACUUUAAUAGAAGAAAUGCUGUACCUCAUUAUAAUGCUCGUUGGGGAGAGAUUUAGUCCUGGAGUUGGACAUGUAAAUGCUACAGAUGAAACUAAAAGGGAGAUUAUCCAUCAGUUGAGCAUCAGACGUAUGGCUCAUAGUGAAUUGGUGAAGGCUUUACCAGAGGAUGAGAACAAGGAAACCGGGAUGGAGAGUGUGAUUGAAGCAGUUGCCUGUUUCAAAAAACCUGGUUUAACCGGAAGAGGACUCUAUGAACUAAAGCCUGAGUGUGCCAAGGAUUUCAACCUCUAUUUCUACCACUAUUCAAGGGCAGAACAGUCCAAGGCAGAAGAAGCACAAAGGAAAUUGAAAAGGCAAAAUAGGGAAGAUACAGCUCUUCCACCUCCGGUUUUACCUCCUUUCUGCCCCUUGUUUGCAAGUCUGAUUAAUAUUUUGCAAUCAGAUGUCAUGUUGUGCAUCAUGGGAACAAUUCUGCAGUGGGCAGUAGAACACAAUGGUUAUGCCUGGUCAGAAUCAAUGCUGCAAAGGGUGUUGCAUUUGAUUGGAAUGGCACUCCAAGAAGAAAAGCAGCAGUUAGAGAAUGUCAAUGAAGAGCAUGUAGUAACGUUUACCUUCACUCAGAAAAUCUCAAGACCUGGUGAGGCACCAAAUAAUUCUCCUAGCAUACUUGCCAUGCUGGAGACUCUGCAAAAUGCUCCCUACCUUGAAGUCCACAAGGAUAUGAUCAGAUGGAUAUUGAAGACUUUUAACCUCAUUAAGAAGAUAAGAGAGAGUUCUUCCAGCAGCCCUGUGGCUGAGACAGAAGGAACUAUAAUGGAGGAGAGCACCCGUGAUAAAGACAAAGCUGAAAGGAAAAGGAAAGCUGAGAUUGCCAGACUUCGGAGGGAGAAAAUCAUGGCUCAGAUGUCUGAAAUGCAGCGACACUUUAUUGAUGAGAACAAGGAACUCUUCCAGCAGACGUUAGAAUUAGAUGCUUCAACCUCUUUCAUCCUUGACAACAGUCCCAUGGUUUCAGAUACAACGCUAAUAGCCUUGGGCCCAGAGCAAACCCGAAUCACCGAACAAAGGCAGGUUGCUACCUGCAUUUUGUGUCAAGAAGAGCAAGAGGUUAAGGUGGACAACAGGGCUAUGGUUUUAGCAGCGUUUGUUCAGCGAUCAACUGUGUUGUCCAAAAACAGAAACAAAGUUAUUCAGGAUCCAGAAAAAUAUGAUCCAUUAUUCAUGCAUCCUGAUCUGUCAUGUGGAACACAUACUGGAAGCUGUGGACACAUAAUGCAUGCCCAUUGUUGGCAAAGGUAUUUUGACGCAGUGCAAGCAAAGGAACAGCGAAGACAGCAAAGAUUACGAGUGCACACAAGCUAUGAUGUAGAAAACGGUGAAUUCCUUUGCCCCUUAUGUGAAUGUUUAAGCAAUACUGUUAUUCCUCUACUGCUUCCUCCAAGGCGUGUUUUCAACAGGCUAGAUUUUUCAGACCAACCAAACCUAGCUCAGUGGAUUGGAGUAGUCUCUCAACAAAUAAAUGCAAUAGAAGUUCUUCAGAAGGAAGACAGUGCUCUCAGUAGCACCUCAUCCGACAGUUCAGAAAAUAAGGAGGAACUGCAACUCCCUGAAGGGUUUAGGCCUGACUUCCGACCAAAGAACCCUUAUUCUGAAAGCAUUAAAGAGAUGCUGACAACCUUUGGAACAGCGACAUACAAAGUGGGCCUGAAAGUUCAUCCUAAUGAGGAAGAUCCUCGGGUGCCCAUAAUGUGUUGGGGCAGCUGCGCAUACACAAUACAGACCAUCGAGAGAAUUUUAACUGAUGAAGAAAAGCCAUUAUUUGGUCAUUUGCCAUGCCGACAGGAUGACUGCCUUAAGUCAUUAACAAGAUUUGCCGCUGCCCAUUGGACUGUUGCCUCGUUUUCAGUGGUACAAGAGCAUUUUCGUGUGUUGUUAGCAGCUUUGGUGCCUAAUGCGAAACAUGGAAAUGUUCCCUGCAUCCUUGAUGUUGAUAUGUUUCAUUUAUUGGUAGGCUUAGAACUCUCCUUCCCUGCUCUGCAGUGUCAGGAUUUUUCAGGAAUUAGCCUCGGCACCGGAGAUCUACACAUUUUCCACCUUGUCACUAUGGCACAUAUUGUACAAAUCUUACUUACCUCAUGGACAGAGAAUGGCAUGGACCAAGAAAGUCCUCCCGGUGAAGAAGAACUAGCAGCCUUGGCUCUGUACAAAACGCUUAGUCAGUAUACAGGAAGUGCCUUGAAAGAAACUCCCUCAGGCUGGCAUCUGUGGAGGAGUAUAAAAGCUGGAAUUAUGCCUUUCCUGAGAUGUUCUGCCUUGUUUUUUCAUUACUUAAAUGGAGUCCCUGCACCAUCUGAAAUGCAAGUAAGUGGAGCAAACCAGCUAGAACAUUUAUGUAGCUAUCUCUCUCUGCCAAACAACCUCAUUAGCCUUUUUCAAGAAAACAACAAAAUAAUGAGCCCAUUAAUUGAAAGUUGGUGUAGUAACAGUGAAGUUAAAAGAUACCUGGAAGGUGAAAGACAAGCAAUAAGCUAUGCAAGAGAGUCUAACAAAUUAAUAGAUCUUCCUGAUGAUUACAGCAGUCUCAUUAAUCAAGCAUCGAAUUUCUCGUGUCCGAAAUCUGGAGGUGACAAGAGUCGAGCCCCAACUCUGUGCCUUGUGUGUGGAACCAUGCUCUGCUCCCAGAGUUACUGCUGUCAAACAGAGUUAGAAGGUGAUGAUGUCGGCGCCUGUACUGCACACACCUACACCUGCGGGUCUGGGGUGGGCAUUUUUCUUAGAGUGCGGGAGUGUCAGGUGCUGUUUUUAGCUGGAAAAACGAAAGGAUGCUUUUAUGCUCCUCCUUAUCUUGAUGACUAUGGAGAGACAGACCAAGGACUCAGGCGAGGGAAUCCUUUACACUUGUGCAAAGAACGAUUUAAAAAGAUACAGAAACUCUGGCAGCAGCACAGUAUAACAGAGGAAAUUGGACAUGCACAGGAAGCAAAUCAGACACUGGUUGGCAUUGAUUGGCAACAUUUAUAAUCGCAGCGCUUCUGCAGAUUUGAACGUGGAUGAUUUUGUGACCCAAUAAGCUUUUCAGACAAGAAGUAGGAAAUGCAGUCUGAGUUUAAAAAAAAAAAGAAAGAAAAUGAACUCCUUAUUUAAACUUUUCUUCCUGACUUAUUUUUAAAUUUCUGGACCCAGUGACCAGGUAAACUUCAUCUUGUAUUAGGUUUCCUAGUGUUUUUUGCACUGUCCUUCAUUUGUAUAAACAUCUUGAGUUUGAGGACCCAGGCGAAUGAGGAAUUUCGCUUUCCGGCAUAAGGACGUGACUCUUUUCGGAAGCCGGGAGUUACUUCAAAGACAGGAAGAAAUAAUCAGUGGAAACGGAGAUUACAAGAAAAUGCAGUUCCUUCUCCAGGAAUCUUGGCCCUUCUUCAGUAAUCUGAGCCAUUUUACAUUAUUUAUUUAUUCCGCAUUGAAGUACCUAAAACUGCUAUGUACAGGCAAUAAAAUGAAGAUGUAGUGGGUGUUUGUAUUUGUACCGUCAGACCACCCUUUGACCGUCAAGUUGCAUCUGCGGUGACUUUGUAAGUUGUAUGCUUAAAGCUUUGUUUGCUUCACCAUUGAUUUUUCUCUCUGCUAAAGAAUCACGAGAUUUAAAAGUAAAGGCAUUUCAUUUGAAGGUA